AUCACCAAUGUCGUGUAUUCUCUGGUGUAAAGUAUUUGUUGGUUAUGUUUAAUUUUGGUAAGUGAUUUUUGGAAAGAAAUAUUUAAUUUUUAUUAGAGACUAUGAAUGUUAUAUUUAGGCAUAUCGUGGUGUUAAGAAAAUUCAAUACUUUGGCAUUUCGAGUACCUGGGAAUCUUCAAACGGAGGUACUUGCUAGACCUGUGUCACUGGGGCGGUGUUUGGCCCAAGAAACUGCCGAAGGAGAAGAGACAGCAGUCGUGAAAAACAUAGAUCCUAGUAAAGACAGGACUCAAAUCAUCUCAGUGGAAACAAGCAUAAGUUACCUGAAAAGUAAAGCCUACCAGGAAACGUACGGAGUGGACCCGGUGUGGCGUCUGUACAGGAGGAAUCACAAAGGCGGCAUUGCUCCGAGCAAAACCAGGAAGACAUGCAUUAGGCAGGGAAUCAUCGCCACGGGCAACCCGUGCCCCAUCUGCCGGGACGAGUACUUGGUCAUCGACCACACGAAUGUCGACCUGCUGAAGCAGUUCAUCUCACCGCACACCGGCGAAAUACUCAGUUUCACGAAGACUGGCCUGUGCCAGAAACGUCACGAGCAGUUACUGAUAGCGAUAGAGAAGGCCAAAGACUACGGUUUCAUCACGUUUGAUGUCCCGUUCAGGGAAUACGACUACCGUCAGUACUACAAGGAACAUCUAGCUCAGUAG